AUGUCAUCUCAAAUCGAAACAAUAGUGAAUGCAUACAAAACUCUCACAAAGAUACCAUCUAUAGUGGAAGGCCACCUGAAAAAUGAUGGAAGUAAAAUCUCCUGCAAAUGGUCAGUACGAAACUUGGAUAAAGGGAAGCCAACAAAAUAUGUCCAUGAUUACGUAUUAGACAAGGAAUUGAAUGUUAUCUAUCAAAGUGACUUUGGUGUAGAUGUGAGCAAUGAACUGCUGUCAGCAGUUUCACCAAAAGGAAUGUUCAAGGCAUUGAUACGAGAGGAGAAGGAAGGCAAAGAGUCCAAGAAACAGUACUUAGAAGUGUGGUGUCAACACAAAUUAGACCAUUGUAUUGACCUAACUUCACUUGAUGUUCAUGGCGAUGUUUAUGCUGACUCGGAGUUUGGUACCCUGGAUUGGACGCAGGACGAGAGUGCUGUAGUUUAUGUUGCAGAGAAGAAACUGAAGAAGUCUGAACCGUACAUCAAGAGGAAGUCCGAGGACAAGCCUAAAGCCGACGGCAGUGGGGAGUCUGCACCAAGAAAAGGAGAAGAGUUUCUCUACAGGCAAGACUGGGGCGAGCAGCUGGUUGGCAAACAUCUAUCAGUAGUGGUUGUAUGUAAACUUGCCACAGAGAGCAUCACUGUAUUGGAGGGGCUGCCGGAGUCAUGGUGCCCUGGGCAGGUUCGUUUUGCGAAUGAUGGCCUGAGUGUUUAUGGUGUCGCAUGGGAGACUGAACCGAGACGUCUGGGAUUGAUAUUCUGUACUAAUCGGCCAUCCUACAUUUUUAACCUCACUUUGGACGGAAUACUGACUAAAAUCUCAGCAGAGGGCAUGUCUGUCCGAUCGCCACGCUUGAGUCCUACUGGAGAUCUUUUCUGGCUGCAGAGGGAAGCGGGUGGACCCCAUCAUGCCUGUCACGCUUUGAUGGUCAAGAGGAAUGGUGCUGCGGAGGUGUCGACGCUGGUCGGCGUGGUCCAGACCGAGGUGGCGACCUCUGGCGGGGAGAGCUUCCACGGCCUGUACUGCCAGGGUCUGCCGCUCGACUGCUUCUCGAGCGACGGUAGACUGGUGCUCAGCACGCCCCAGCAGAACGAGGUGCGGGCGUAUGCCGUCGACCCUGCAGACGGAGGGAUCUUGAAUAUCUCGAACAAAUCGUUCACCGGUUCUACUACGAUCCUCGACGUCAAGUCGGACGUGGUACUCGCCGCUUGCUCCAAUAUGACGACCCCCGCUCAGCUGUUCGUGUGCAAGCUGCCUUCGCGGGGCCACGAAGGGGGCGUAUCCUGGAAGCGGGUGGGCGGAGCCUGCGAGGCCCCGCCCACAGUGGCGUCGGCGAGCGUCAGCUACAUGCAUCUGAGCCACGACACCGACGAGCCAGUCAGGUCCUUCACGGCGAUCUAUUUCGAACCGAAGACCGAGCGCGAGGGCGCCAAGCUGCCGCUGAUCGUGUGGCCCCACGGCGGCCCCCAUUCGGGCUUCGUCAACUCCUACUCGCUGGAGGCGGCGCUCUUCGCGAUGCUAGGUUUCGCGAGCGUGCAGGUGAACUACCGCGGCUCGGCGGGGGCGGGCGAGGCGUCAGUGCGCUUUCUGCCGUCGCGGGUGGGGAGUGGGACGUUGGACGGUUUGAGUGACAUCAGCGGUUUCGCGAGCGUGCAGGUGAACUACCGCGGCUCGGCGGGGGCGGGCGAGGCGUCAGUGCGCUUCCUGCCGUCGCGGGUGGGGGACGCGGACGUGCGGGACUGCGCCCUGGCGGCCGCGGAGGCGCCGAGGGGGCGGAGCGCCGACCGCGCGCGCGUCUGUCUGUUCGGGGGCUCGCACGGCGGCUUCCUAGUGGCCCACCUCAGCGCCCAGCACCCGGACGACUACAAGGCGGUCGUCAGCCGCAAUCCGGUGGUCGACGUGGCCUCCAUGUUCGGCAGCACCGACAUCGCGGACUGGUACGAGUGCUUUGCGGCGGUGCGCGUCAACUUCCGCGGCUCCACGGGCCAAGGGGACGCGCCGCUGCGCUCGCUCAUUUCCCGCGCGGGCGACUAUGACGUCAGCGAUUGCCGUCUCGCUCUGACCGCCCUGCGGGAGCGGGACGCGCGAUCGGACGGCGCGCUGCUAUACGGCGGCAGCUACGGCGGCUUCGUCGCGGCCCAUCUGGCCGAGGGAAGUCCCGACGCGUUCAAAGCGAUGGUGUUGAGGAAUCCGCUGAUCGACCUGGCAACUAAAGGCCACUAUGCAGACAACUCGGACGGGGAUCGAACCUACGACCCGCGGCGCGUACUCAUCGCUAAGAAGCUGCGUGAGCUGAGGCGUCAUAAUCAGGAACUAUCGGCGAUGCGGGCGGGCGGCGUAUCGAUCGCCACCACCUGUUCGCCACCGUGGGGCCGCACCUGCCCUCACAACACGACGCGACGCCGUAACGCGCGCACGCCAGCGCCACCACGCCACACGACCCACGCCCCCACGCCACCACGCCACCUACCCGCCACGCAGCUGCGCCACCACUCCGCGCAACCGCCGCGGGGGUGC